AUGACAUGGAACGGAGAUGUUCUAAAAGCCUACCAUGGCACUCUAAAUAUCAAACCACCCGUAGAGUCAGUGAUGGGAACCAGGGACAUACGGUUACCAGGGAUUACUCUGCGAGGGUGGUGUCACCGGGAUGAGUUCUGGAUAGAGAAGCUUGAAAGCAAGGAGAGGAUUGUGCAUGGCCAACGGGUUGGCGACAACUACGUGGUUGCAGUUUUGGAUGUAGGAGCAGCCACCAGCUGGGUUCUGGACAGCUCCGCAUGGAUCCACCAUACCUCCAAUCGGCAGAUGUUGUACGACUUCCAAGAGGCACCUGAAUAUCUGCUCCCGGCCCCGGCGGGUGUGGAAGGUCUGCACAUUCUUGGGCAUGGGUCAGUACGGACCCAGCGCUUCAAGGUGCCAGGCAUCCGCUACAUUGCUUCAUCAGGGGAUGCAAGGAAUGUCAUCUCAGUGGCUCAGCUUGCUGAUGAUCAUGGCUUCGUCUCCACGUUUGAGCCAGGAUUUUGCUACGUCAAGGAUAAGGUGAUCGGACAGAUCGUUGGCGUGGGCCAUUUACUGGGCAGCGUAUACGUGCUGAAAACUCUUCGAAUCAAUCAGGACAAAGGAGGAGGUAGCGGCUUAUCACAAAAGCCACGAGACGACAGUUCUAAAAGCCAGAAGAGGCCAGGCCGAGCCGAUACAGUAGGCAUGACAAUGACGGGCAAUCUCGAGAGCGUGCAGACGGACCGUGACAAGUGCUUUCGUGACACCAGCACGCCAAACUACCUUGCCUCUAACCAGAGGUUGCUUCUUGGUACUGGUAGCUUCCAGGAGACAGCGGACGAUCUGCUGCAAAGAAAUGUCGUCUCUGUGGCCCAGCUUGCAAGCAGCCAUGGCUUGGUUACGGUCUUUGAGCCGACAGGCUGCUACAUGAAGGACAAGAAAACUGGACAGAUCGUUGCCCAUGGCCACUUACGUGACGGCGCAUUCGUUCUCGACAAUCUUCUCAUAAACCAGGAAAAAGGACCAGGCAGAUCUGGUGCUGCAAACAAACAAAGGGAACAAGAGCUGGCAAAGAUCAAGGGACAAGAAAUCAAAAUGAAGGUGAAGACGAUGGUAACAGAUCUAAAGGAAGAGGUCAAGUUAGAGGCGAAGGAGGCGAUAAAGGUGGAGGUGGCGCCAGCAGUAGCAGCGAUAAAGGGAGAGAUCAAGCUGGAGGUGAAGGAGAAGGCGAUAAAGGUGGAGGUGGCACCAAUGAUGGUAGAGAUGAAGGAAGAGGUGGUCAAGCCGGGGGUGGAGGAGGAGAUAGAGAUGGUGCUGGUAGCGGUGGUGGAGGUGGAGGAGGAAAAAAAGGAGGUGGAGGAGAAGAAGAAAAGAAAGUGA